GCGACGUUGCUGACGUUGAUCUGCUGGUGCUCGCACACAGCAGUUGUGCCAAGACCUCAUUAUUAUUUUAUUUUUUUCUUGCGGCGGCGGCCCAAUUUUCGGACUGCUAACUUCGCACACGACAAGGAGCAUGGACCUUCUUCCAGCCGAGGUCGUGGCUCCCCACUUCGCGGUCCCGAUCGUAGGAGUCAUCCUUUGCGCACUGCUCGUCUUUGCAUUCGGGUUCAAGUCUCCAGCGCAACCACCGAGCUUCAACGUCACCGUCGAAGAAGACGAUCGUCGCAAGCAGUCAUCGAAAAAACGAAAAGCCAAGGAUUUGCAAAAGAGCAAGCCGCUGUUGAAUGGGCACACAGCCACUGCAGCUGUUGCUAAGACCGCCGUUUCGGCAUCGAAACAGAAAGUUGAGAAAGCUAGCUCUCCAAAAUCUAAGACAAAGGAUGCAACUGACAAGGCUGAGGCAAAGGACACCAAAAAGGCACACCCGGACAGGGGGAUAUCCAAGCAGAAAGCGGAACCAGCAGACGACACGACUCAGCCACCCGCAGAGGACGAUGCGGACGGGGGCUGGGUUCAGCAGCUGAGCAAGAAGGACAGGAAAACUCGUCGCAAGGAAGAAGAGAAGACAUCUGCUGAUGCCACGAGUUCUGGCUCCGAGACUAAGGUCGACAGGAACAGAAAAACUGGUGCAGACACUUCAGCCGAAGCUGAGACUCCCGAGAGCAGCCCGUCGAAGCGAAAGAAGAAGAAAGCCACCAAGGAAGAAGUAGAGGUCGUCAAGCAAGCAGCAGCAGCAGCAGGAGUAGUGGUGGUGGAGGUGAAGGUAGAAGAGGAACCUCUUCCAGUUGCAGACCCAGAGGAAAACCCGAAAGAUCAAAGAAACAGACGCAAGAAGGAAAGCCCGGAACCGGAACCGGAACCUGUGAAACCUGUAAAGAAGGAAGCUUCUAAAGAAACGGCAGCAUCGACGGAGGACGGCACCGAAGCCGCUUCAAAAUCAAAGCCCAAGAAAAAGAAGAAGAAGGCAGAAGACGAAAAAGAGAAUGCAGUGGCCACUUGUCGUCUGCCAAAGCCAGAGCCACCAAAGGUCGUGGAAGUGGUGGAAAUUGUAGAAAACGUGGAAAGCAGUCUCGCGGAAGCUCUGCAAGAAGAGGUAAAGGAAGAGACGGAGGCGACGGGGGCGCCCGCCGGUUCUAACGUUGCCUUCGACGAGCUUGGAGAUGCAUGGCAGGAUGCCAAGCCUCAGAAAAAGAAGAAGAAAGCCCGCAGGGAUUAAGGGACGACAGGAAGAAAUGGCCUGCACCCCUGCCGUCAUAACGUUUUUUGUCCCGUUUCGGUACCUUCCAGUCGACCACAUUCAGAGGUAGACCAGAGCUCAGAAGGUGGUGCCACACAAGAGAGACUUUCCUGUACAGUGUAAGCGUUGUGUCCCCAUUGCCAGCCAUAUUGCAUUUAAAAGACAGGAAGGAAA